ACGGGAAACUCGCGACCGACACGACGCUCACACGCAAGCAUACACACUCAGUGUCACACCGUCCGAGCCAACAGACGAUAUCAUGGCGAGGCAGCAGCAAUUCAUCUUGAUCGCCGCGAUGAUCUUGUGCUGCUGUGGUGGCAGCUUUAUCGUUUCCGCACUCGAUCUCAACAAACUGUAUGGGCACAUACACGCGAAAAGGAACAUAGGAGAACCAUGCCACCCAUAUGAACCAUUCAAAUGUCCUGGAAACGGCGCUUGUAUUUCUAUUCAAUAUUUAUGUGACGGAGCACCCGAUUGUCCAGAUGGUUAUGAUGAAGAUGCCAGACUCUGCACUGCGGCUAAGCGACCACCGGUUGAAGAAACGGCAAGUUUUUUACAGUCACUUUUAGCUAGUCAUGGACCAAACUACUUGGAAAAAUUAUUUGGCAGUAAAGCAAGGGAUGCAUUGGAGCCAUUAGGAGGCGUCGAAAAAGUUGCAAUCACUCUUUCUGAAUCACAAACAAUCGAAGACUUUGGCGCUGCUCUCCAUCUAAUGAGAUCUGACUUAGAGCAUUUACGUUCAGUGUUUAUCGCCGUCGAGAAUGGUGAUAUUGGCAUGUUAAAAAGCCUGGGCAUCAAAGACUCCGAACUAGGCGAUGUGAAGUUUUUCCUCGAAAAGCUAGUCAACACCGGUUUUCUAGAUUAAUUUACUAAUAAAAUAUCGGAUUUGUAUACAAUUAUAAUAUCCUCUGUAAUUUUCUAUUCCUAUUUAUAUAAUUACCUUUAUAGGUACGAAUAUCCAUCCAAAAUUUAAAAAAAAAACCAUUUAUUAUUUCGUCCACUCCCAUCGUCACGAAUUCCAUUCCCAAACAUAAUUACCACAAUUAUUUUCAGUCAAUUAAAACGAACUAUAAUACUUUACUAUUUUAAUCGUAUACAUUCGGUUUUGAUUCACAAUACAUAUCAAACAUAAAGCUAACACAAAACAUAUCAUAUAAUGUAUAACUUUAAACAUAUCUUUUUAAUAUCAGACGUUUAUUAUUAUUAUUAUUAU